AUGCCCGUCCCCUCUAAUCAUAUUCCCGUAAAAGUGCGGCCCUCCGGGUUACGGGUUACCGGCCGCUCCUGGACAAGCAGACGGGCCACUUUGCCGAUGUUUCGUCAGCUCCUAAAGUGCUGCGGGUUUAAUGUGGACGAUGAACGUCAAGAAGAACCUUCCGAGGCGCAAUCUUCUGAAGAGGACCAGCAGCCUUAUGGUGGUACCAUCACGAUACAAGAUUUGCUCAAGCCAUACCAACUCUUUGACAUGACGGGCGACCCACGGCAUGUCCACAACCACAAACAAAAGACGUCUUGA